AUGGAUUGGGAUCUAUGGAGUUCAUCUUCUGAUAUAGUUUCCUAUGAUGGUGAUUACUCCGAGAUUCUCAAGUGUCACUGUGAUUACUUUGGCUGUGGCGGUGGCUGUGAUGUGAUUGAAGAAGGUGCCUUGAAUGCAGAAUCCUGUGUUCAGGUUUUGAGAAUUUUGAUCACCAAAGCGGAUACUGAAAUCGAUGAACUGGAAAAGGAUCUUUUGUGCCUUCAGAAUGAAUUGGCUUGGACUGAGAAUCAAAACUAG